AUGGAGCGAAAACGUAAAGUAACUUUUAAAACUGAUGAAGAAUCAGAUCAAACGAAUAAAAAACAGAAGAAAUUUACAAAUGAAAGUGGAAAUACGCGUCUACACAGUGGAAAAUAUACAUUAGACAGUGAUGAAGAAGAUGAAGAGGAAAAAGACAAUGCUAAAAUAAUGAAUUCCGAUGAUCUUGAUGAUAUUGGACAAGAACAAGCCACAAUUGGUUUCGAUAAUGAUGUUAAAAUUACUCCAUUCAACAUUGACGAAGAAAUGGAAGACGGACACUAUGAUGAAAGUGGAUGUUUUCAAUGGAAAAAAAAGGAUAAAGAAGAAGUUCAUGAUGCAUGGCUUGAUGAAGUCGAUUGGACUAAUGUAAAAAAUUACAAGUUAAAAAACGCUCAAGGAACUGACGACAAUAUUAAAAAUUCAUCAAAUAAUGAUGAUGACGACGAUGAUGGUGAUGAAACAAAUGAUAAUCAAUUCAAUGAAAUCAAUGCUUUAAAAUCUAUUCUUGCACUCAUGCAACCUGGUGAAACUGUUGUUCGCGCAAUAAAACGAUUUGGGGCAGCUGCAACAAGUAAUAAAUCUAAGCAACGCAUAAAACAACGAAAGCCACUUCCUGGUGAAAUUCCAACUGCAUUACCUGCUGAAUUAAAUCCUGAAGAAUUGAAAAAGAAUAAACUUUUACUUGAAGAAAUGACUGGUCUUGCCGAUCAAUUUGUCUCAAAUGGUCAAAUUGAUAUUUAUCAAGAAACCUAUGAACAACUUAAAACAAAAUUCGAUCGUAGACAAUCAUCUACUUCUAGUUCGACAACGAAUCUAGCAUUUGAUAUGUAUGGUGACAAUGAUGUUUCUUCAUCAAUCACAAAUUCAACAUCAUCAAAUAAUAAAAAUGAAGCACCGAUUACUUAUUGGGAGUAUACAGCUGAUGACAACAGUAGUAUUCAAGGUCCAUUUACAACUGAACACAUGGUUCGUUUAACAAAUACUGAAGGAAAAUUAGACAAGGAUAAAGUUCGUUGUCGUCGUGUUGGCACUGAACAAUUCUAUACUAUAAAACGUAUUGAUUUUGAUCUUUAUCUAGAUUAA